AGGUAAGCUUGCAAUAUAUAUAAUUGAGUUGAGAAGGAGUGAAUUUGCAUCAAUGGCUUAUCAAGGCAACAAUGUUGAUGAUCUUGAAGCAGGUAACUAUGUGGCUGAAGAAGAUUCUUUCAGCAAUUACAUGACACUGCACAGAGCUACAGUGCAUGGGAAAUGGGAGGAAGCUCAAAAAUUCUUGGAGUAUAACAACCUUGCAAUCCAAGCUCCUAUCAGCUUCCGCAAAAACACUACAUUGCAUGAUGCUGCUAAAGCAGGUAAUAAGGAUUUUAUGGAAAAGGUUGUGGCAAUGAUGGGAGAUAAUAAUGAAGUGGUGGGCGUGGUGAAGAACCGAGAUGGGCUCACGGCGCUACACAUUGCGGCUCGGUUUGGGAACAAGGAGGUGGGUGAAAUCCUUGUAGAGAAGAACCGUAAUCUCCUGUAUGAAAGGUGCAAGAGGGGUCUUCUCCCCAUCCAUUACGCAGCUUGCAAUACUCUCAGAAAGCCGGAGGUGUUUUCCUAUUUCUUGAGUGUCACUAAGAACGAUGAAGAUCCGGAAGUUGAUCCAUAUGCAGGCCCAACUGGUGCAACUAUCCUUGUUAACUUAAUCAAGUCUAAAUUCUAUGCGAUGGCAUGGAAAUUGGCUCAUGAAUAUCCUGAUUUGGCUCGUCAUCGGACACUAAACAAUGAAACAUCUCCUUUGGAGGCCAUAGUCAAAUACGAUUAUCCUAUCUUCAAGCCCAAAAAAGUAGCGAUGCUUUAUUUGAAAUUAGAAGCAGCGAUGCUUGUUGAAUGUUUGUGCGAUAAACUCAAAAUCCUAAAUGAAACACAAGUUGCCUCACUUGCAAAAGAAGCAAUAAUUCAAGCAGCGUAUCUGGACAUUGAAGAGGUGGUCAAAAAUAUUGUGGAAGCAUGUCCUAACACGGCUUAUUACAAAGACAAAAGUGGGCGGAAUAUACUUCAUAUUGCAACAGAGAACCACAGUACAAAUGUUUUUAAGUAUGUUCGUGGAAAUAGUAUGCUUAUGCAUGAUUUAGUAGAUGAAAGAGACAAAAAUGGAAACAACAUUGUGCAUUUGGCUGGGAAAUUGACACCUCCACACAAACUCAAUGUCAAUGCAGCUCUUCAAAUGCAGCAGGACCUGCAAUGGGUUAAGGAAGUGCAAAAGAUUGCACCACCAUAUUUCUCAUCACUGAGAAAUAAAGAUGAGAAAACAGCAAAGAUGGUGUUCACGGAUGAGCAUAAGGAGUUGAGAAAGGAAGGAGAGAAAUGGAUGAAGGACACAGCAAGUGCAUGCUCAGUUGUAGCAGCACUGAUUGUUACUGUGAUGUUUGCCGCUGCUAUUACAGUCCCCGGUGGCAACAGUGAUGGUGUACUUACCCAGGGCUUUAAUGGUACAAUAGUUGCGAUGGGCAGCAAUAAUAAUAAUGUUGUUCCAAAUAUGAUUAAUGGUACAAUUAAAGGUCCCAUUGAUGAAACCCCGCCUGAUGAGGGCCUCCCGGUCUUCAGAAGAAGGCGUGCUUUCAAAAUAUUUUAUGUGAAUAAUGGUAUAUCUCUCUUUUGCUCCGUUACUUCUCUCAUGGUCUUCUUGUCCAUAAUAACUUCACACUAUAGGGAAGAAGAUUUCCUUAUAAUUCUUCCCCUCAACUUAAUCGUAGGCCUCCUCGCCUUGGUAUUUUCCGUUUUCUUUAUGAUUGCCUCCUCUAUUGGCACAAUUUAUCUCGUGAUUGGUCUUGUUAUAUCGCCUCGUCGUGUUAUUCUCAUAGUUUUAGGUUUGACUUUCUGUCUAAUCGUGUUGCUGCUUUAUCAAUUCCCCCUCGUUUUAGAUUUCGCACGGUCUACCCUCAUCAGGCCCGUCAAUUUAAAGAAACUUGGUGCCACUGCCCACAGGUUAUUUUGACUUGCUGCACUGUACUACGAGCUGUCAACCAAACUAGCUAGUUUUUUGGGAAGUAUAAUUUUACUUGACAUUUGUAUGCAUGUUGUAUUGUUCUUUUUUCCCCUCAAUAAAUUAUUGAAGUGGGGUUUGUAAUAAUAAAUAAGUUUGAUUUGCCAAAUAAUUUGUAGU